AUGGCUCCCCCGCGCGCCGUCCGCGCGUCGUUCGUGUGUCUCUCGCUCAACCUCACCCUCUGCUCGCUCUUUAACGGCCGUUACUAUUUCUCCGCCCCGCCCUCCGCGCUUCCCCCAGCCACCCUCACCCCGCCAGCCCCGCGCGCCCCUUCCCGCGCGCCCGGCGCGCGGACUGGGGGAAGCGCGGAAGAAGCGGCGGGGUUUGUAGUUCCGAGGAAAGAGGUAGAGGGUGGAGGAGGGGGAGGGAGAAGAGGAAGGGGGGAAGGGGAGAAGGGGGAAGGGGGGAAGGGGAGAAGUGAAGAAGGCUUGGAGGGGUGGAAGGGGGAGGGAGAAGGGGUGUGUACGGAGAUGAGCCCGUGUGUAUCCGCGUGGGAGCAGCAUCUGAUCGCAACGGUGCCACCACGGUCACUUCUGUCACAGCAGUCAGUGCGAGCAGCAGCGCUGUCAGCCAGUCCUGGUCAUGGGUGUUCCAGCGACUGCCCUCACGCCCCUGCACCUGCUGCCACGUGCCUUGCACCGUUCGUACGAAAGGGUGACUGCUCGCCUCCUCUCUCUCUCCCCCUCUUGCCUUGCCCCCGAGAUGUUGCCCCCGAGAAUUCUCUCGCACGCUGUUGCAUUGGUUCCCACUCGCAGAUUGACACCAUUCCGCCAUUGCCGCAUUCCGCCAUUGCCCCAUCCCGCCCCAUUGCCCCAUCGCCCCCUUGCCCCUUUGCCCCCUUGCCCCCUUGCCCCCUUGCCCCCUGCCCCCUUGCCCUCAAAUAUCCCCUAACCCCACUACAAUUAAACCCCUCCUCCCUGCUGCUAGCCCAAGGCACCAAGCUGCAUCGCCUACACGCAACGCCAGGAGGGGACGUGGGUCAGGGGGGAGUGGGGGAGGGGGACGCGAAGGGGAGGGAUGGGAGGGAGGGAAGGGAAGGAACGAGUGUGGGGGUGGCGAGUGGGAGGCAAGGGGGGGUUGUGGAUGUAUGUGGGGUGCUAAGCUUUAGUCCGCUCCAACCAGUUGCUUCUGCUGCUCCUGCUCUUUCCACCAAUGCUGCUGCCGCUGGUGCUGGCUCUGGUGUUGGUGCUGCGAGCCAGAGAAAUGGGCAGCAGCAGGAGGAGAAGCAAACGGGGAAGGGAACAGGGAGAGGAGCAGCAGGGAAGACAGGGGGCGGUAGAGAGAGCAAGGGCGGUGGGCGUGAGGAGGAAAGAGGCAUGGAGCAGCAGCAGCAGCAGCAGCAGCAGCAGCAGCAGCAGCAGCACGCAUUGCUGCUGCACACGGCUUAUCGGCAUGUGAGUGGUGAUAGGAUUGGAGUGGUGCUGCUGGGGGUGGACGACGGGAGGCUGCAGGAAGCCUUGUCUGCCUUCAACCAGACCUCUCCACUUCCUCACAUCUCUCUCCCGCCUUCUUUCCCCCCAAUUCCCCCCCCCCCCCCUCUCGCCUUGCCCGCCCAUUCCUCCCUCGCCCCUUCCCCUCCAUGCAUGCGAGUGAGCAGCUGGCGGCAGUGCAGGAGUGCGAGGAGGAAAGGGCCCCAAUGCUCACCCCCCCUGCAUUCCUCCCCUGCCCCUUCACCCCCAUGCAUCGAGCAGCUGGAGGCAGUGCGUGGGUUCGAGGAGGGUGCCCUGGUGGGGAGGGGCACGGUGCACUUCCUAGCAGGCAACCUGCAACAGGCUCUCGCCGACCUAUCCCAGGCGACAGCCCGCUUUCCAGAAAGCACAGAUGCAUGGCAGAGGAGGGCUGUGGUGCUCCUGAAACUGGGGCGGCUGCAAGAGGUAUGA